CCGCACGCCCUCGAGCAGGCGGCGCUAGGACCCGGCGGGUACCGGCUGGCAGCCGGAGUCAGACACGCUCGGUCCGGUAAUCGUGUGUCUGGUGCGGCGGCUCAGUCACCGACUCCUGCCCCCUCUGCCGCCAGCCCCCGCACCCACUACCCCCUGCAGGGCAUGGCAGGGGCGGCGUGCCAGCGGAGCCGCGCGUAGAGCAGUGCCGGGUACCUGCGGGCUGCCUCCGGGGAGACGCACAAGAUGAAGGCGCUGCUGCGCCACGGCCUGGCAGUGUUCUUGGCGCUCAGUACCAUGUGCACCAGCCUGGUGAUAAUGUACAGCAGUAUGAGCAGCGUGAAGGAGCAGCGCCCCCUGCAGGGAGCCCACGUCGGGGGCAGCGCCAAGGAGUCUGCCCCGGAGCCGGUCCUGGAGGGGUAUAUCAGCGUCUCGGACCACAAGCCGUUGAGAAUGCACUGCAGGAGCUGCGCGCUGGUGACGAGCUCCGGACACCUACUGGGGAGCCGGCUGGGGGAGAAGAUCGACCGGACGGAGUGCGUGAUCCGCAUGAACGAUGCCCCCACGCGCGGCUUCGCGCAGGACGUCGGCAACAAGACCAGCGUCCGGGUGAUCGCCCACUCCAGCAUCCAGCGCAUCCUCAGGAACCGCCACGAGCUGCUCAACACCAGCCAGGGCACCGUCUUCAUCUUCUGGGGCCCGAGCAGCUACAUGAGGCGCGACGGCAAAGGCCCCGUCUACAACAACCUGCAGCUGAUCCACAAAAUCCUCCCGCGGCUCAAAGUGCAGAUAAUCACCCGGCACAAAAUGCUGCAGUUUGACGAACUCUUCAAGAAAGAGACCGGAAGAGACAGGAAGAUUUCGAACACCUGGCUCAGCACCGGCUGGUUCACGAUGACCAUCGCGCUGGAGCUGUGUGACCGGAUAGACGUCUACGGCAUGGUGUCCCCCGACUUCUGCCGGGCCCCGAACCACACGUCGGUUCCGUAUCAUUACUACGAGCCGAUGGGAGCGGAGGAGUGCAGCAUGUACAUCGCGCAUGAGCGCGGACGCAAGGGGAGCCAUCACCGCUUUAUAACGGAGAAGCGCGUCUUCGCCAACUGGGCGCGGACUUUUAAUAUUUUCUUCUUCCAACCGGACUGGAAACCGGAAUCGAGUCCCGGAAAACGUCCCGUCCAGAAACCGAUGUUUUGAGGGGGGGGCUUUACGCGAGCCACUCACACGCAAGGGUUUGGUGUACAAAACAUACCAAGGAGUUCAUCCAAAACCUGCAGUAUUUUGGGGAUUUUUGGGGCGGAUUCCGCUGAUUUCUGACUCUAGAGAGCGAGAGCCGGCGUUUUCCGCCUUUCGGGAACUCAGUGAUUGCCGUUUUUUUUACGUUGCCGCGGUUACCGGCGUUCUUUGCGAUGAGUGUUUUAUUGGUUGUGUUUAUUGUUCCGAUGAUACAGAUUUUUUAA